AAAAGCCGAAAAGCUCUGGCUCGUCCCCACCCAACCACCCGCAUCGGCCGUGCCGCCAGCCGUCAGAUACUCCUCUGCCUCCCCUCCCUCUUCCUCCACUCCCCCUCCACUUCCCUUCCAACUCCCCCCAAUCCAUCCCAUCCGCGCCGGCGAUGAGGUGGGACGCGGCGGAGCCGGAGGCGGUCCUCGAGCGGAUCUGGGACCUCCACGACCGCCUCAGCGACGCCAUCCUCGCGUCCUCGCGCGCCCACCUCCUGCUGCCCCCGCCCCCGACCGCGCCGCCCGCCGGAGGGCCACGCCCUCGCGGGUGCGUCUUCGUCAAGGGCGCCGGGGCGGCCGCGGAGGAGGCCGUGGCCGAGGCCAGGAGCCUGCACGCCAUCCGCUCCGCGCUCGAGGACCUCGAGGACCACCUCCAGUUCCUGCACACUGUUCAGUCGCAACAGCGGGCUGAGCGAGAUGCUGCAAUUGCUAGACUCGAGCAAAGCCGUCUAGUCCUUGCUAUGCAAUUAGCGGAACAUCAGGGGAAGAGGUACAGAGUCAUCGAUGAGGCCUUGGCAUUUGUGGGUGAAGUGAGUGACAAGAGUCGAUUUAUCUCACCAGAAGACGUCUGUGCGACCCAGACAGAGGAUGAUGCAGAGGACAACAGGGGCAGUAGUUCAAGGAUCAUGUCAAGCAUGCUAUCGUGUAGUUUGUCUUUGGCCAAGAAUUCAUUUCGGCUGGACAAGAUCGGUGGUGCUCUGGGUAAUGCUGCGGUGUUUGCAGUAAGUAUGCUUGCUUUCUUGCAGCUGCAUCAAAUUGCAUUUGGAAGUAAAACUCCAGCCAUGGGAUACAGGAAGAGAAUUGAGUACAGUUUUCAAUCUGGGAGCUCACAACAGAAUGGGAAAGGGAAACAUUUGGAGGUUUACCUAGCCAGAGGAUGAGGAAUUAUUAGAUCACACUGUUUGUUGUACAGAAAGUUUUGACCAAAUAUCAAUUUUGUUGGUUUUGUUAGGGCAUUGAUCAUUCUUUACUAUGCUGGACCCUGUUCCAGGCAACCAGGAAACUGACUGUCCAAUUCUUUUUGGAUGGAUUGGAAGGGUACUAUGAAUUGUACCUCCCAAAUUGUAUAUGGCUUUGUGCUUAGAGAUGGAUUGUUUGUAAACUGUGUCCUUGUUCAAGGAAACUUGAAUGGUCGUGUUCUGAAAGCGAUAGCUUUCCACACCAUCCUCCCUCCA